AUUCAGGACCCUGAACUAGAGCGCAGACGGGGAACCAGAGCGCCAAGGCCAGACGGCCCCUCUCCGGGCCUCACUCUCCGAGCUAGGCCAGGUUGGGCGGGGCUUUGGCCAGGUGCGCGGCGGCGCUUCGCGGAGUCAGGAAGUGUGUCCUCAGCGGCGACCCGUGCGGCGCUCCCGCGAGACGCUUACCUGCGCCCCAGGUGCCUGGCUGCAGCAAGCCAUGCUCUGAGCCAUGCCCAGGCCGGGACAGCCCCGCCCAUCAUCUGGGCCUCCACGCUUGGGGCCCUGGGAGAGGCCAACAGAGUUAUGCCUGGAAACGAAUGAUGAGCGCUCCCAGCCCCCACCAGGCCGUCGCACGCGGAGGCCAGACCCUAAGGACCCUGGCCACCACGGGCCGGAGAGUAUCACCUUCAUUUCAGGCUCUGCGGAACCACCCAACGAGCCCCCAACCUGCUGCCUCCUCUGGCGGCCCUGGGGUUGGGACUGGUGUAGGGCUGCCUUCUGCUUCCGCCGCUGCAGGGAUUGCGUGCAGCGCUGUGGGGCUUGUGUGCGGGGCUGCAGCCCCUGUUUAUCUGCUGGAGACCCCAUUGAAGGAUCUGCCGAAGCCGCCUGGGCCAAGGAACACAAUGGUGUGCCCCCCAGCCCGGACCGUGCACCCCCCAGCCGCCGGGAUGGACAGAGGCUCAAGACCAGCAUGGGCAGCAGCUUCAGCUACCCUGAUGUUAAGCUCAAGGGCAUCCCUGUCUACCCCUACCGCCAUGCCACCUCCCCAGUCCCUGACGUGGACUCCUGCUGCAAGGAGCCCCUGGCGGAGCCUCCUCCCAUGCGGCACAGCUUGCCUAGUACCUUCACCAGCAGCCCCCGUGGCUCGGAGGAGUAUUACUCCUUCCAUGAAUCGGACCUGGACCUGCCCGAGAUGGGCAGUGGCUCCAUGUCGAGCCGGGAGAUCGACGUGCUCAUUUUCAAGAAGCUGACAGAGCUGUUCAGUGUACACCAGAUUGAUGAGCUGGCCAAGUGCACAUCGGACACCGUGUUCCUGGAGAAGACCAGCAAGAUCUCAGACCUGAUCAGCAGCAUCACGCAAGACUACCACCUGGAUGAGCAAGACGCCGAGGGCCGCCUGGUGCGAGGCAUCAUCCGCAUCAGUACCCGCAAAAGCCGCUCCCGCCCACAGACCUCCGAGGGGCGCUCAGCCCGCUCUCCUGCCCCUGCUGCUGCCCCCGACAGUGGCCAUGAGACCAUGGUGGGCUCUGGCCUCAGCCAGGACGAAUUGACAGUGCAGAUCUCCCAGGAGACGACCGCAGAUGCCAUUGCCAGGAAGCUGAGGCCAUAUGGAGCCCCAGGGUACCCAGCCAGCCAAGACUCAUUCCAGGGCACGGACACGGACUCUUCGGGGGCGCCCCUGCUACAGGUGUACUGCUAACCCACUGGCCCAGCAGUCACAGCCUCUCUUGGAAGAAGCAUGGCCAGCGGGGGAAGGAAGCAGGACCUGUGUGGAGGCCAGACUGAGCCCAGGCAGUGAGCUCUCUGGCUUCUGCUCUUGUUGAAUUACCUUAGCCCACAUACAUUUCACAGGGCGUGGUGUCCACACCCUUUGCUCUCCAGCAGGACUGACUGCUGACUGGGCCUGCUUCUUCCUGUGGCCUGAAAGCAAAGCCUUGGGAAGCUUCCCAGUUCCAUUCCCAGGAUACCCUAAGCAAUUAUGGGAACUAAGUAGGGUGGGUUGGGGACAUCAUGGCCUCUGCGAUUGUGGGCAGUGCCCACUUGCUAUACUGAUAAGCAGUUCAUAUUGGGUCUUGGCUAUUCUAUUAACAUGACUCUAGUUGCAAGUACAUACACCUGCCUGGUCAUCAGAGUUACAUAGUCCACCCUGUGUCCGCUGCUGAUUGCCACUUUGCAUAAGACAUAGGCAUCCAAUCUGGUCCAGCAUUGUGAAAUACAAGAGUGAGGUAGAAGCAAAGAGACUAGCUUCAGAAAAGAACCAUGUACAGGGCCUGGACUGCCCUGUUCCCCCCGCACACACAGUUUCUAGCUACCCUCAGUUAUCACCGGCAGCACCCUCGUACCUCUCGUGCUAACACAGCACCCACCGCAUCCCACUCUUGCUGGCAACUAGACAGAGCCCGGUGUUUAAGAUGUCUGUGCAGCUGGCAACUGGCACCAGACCUAGGAGCUGGGCUCCUGAAGCAGAGGCAGGCUCCCCUGGUUCAGGCACCAGGGCUAGCUUGGUCCAGAGCCCUUAGCUCUUCGUUACAGGGGCUGGGUCUGUACAGAGCUACAGUCACAGCUACAAGUCCACAGCCCACUAGUAAGUCUCAAGUCCGCCUGGGCAGCUCUUCAACCCAGUACCACAAAGACCCACCUUAAAAUUUCAGCUAGCCAGGUAGUGGUAGCACAUGCCUUUAAUCUGAGCACUUAGGAGGCAGAGGCAAGAGGAUUUCUGAGUUCAAGGCCAGCCUGGUCUACAGAGUCUACAGGACAGUCAAGGCUACACAGAGAAACCCUGUCUCG